CAAAAAAAGUGGCUCCAUGAAACAGCUAAUUAAUUUGAGGGAGAAGUUCCAAACUAAAACAUACCAUGGUUGGAUCUAAUAAACUCCGUGCUUGACACACACCAGUUACAGUAUGUGUGUGCCUUUGGUUUAUAUGAAAACAGACUGACGUGAAACAGGAUGCCAGUGUAGAUAAGCAAACUACCUACUGAUGCCAAAACGGUCUGAUAACUGACAUGAGUUUGUCUCCAACCUCUUUAGCAUAAUGUAAUGUUUGUAAUUACAUGUCUAGUUACUGUCGCAGACUAUUAGUAUUAUUCGUGAGGCACUGUUAGAAGAGUUAAUUAUGUUUAGUAAGACAGUAGACAGCAGCUGGUUCAAGAUAAUUACUGUCAGGAGGAGAAUUUGGUGUCUUACAGGAGAAUGUUACCAUCCAGAGCAAACAAUUAGUUCUUUUUUGCAUCUUCACCAAUGUGAUAUAGUUCAGUAACUAUUGGAGAAAUAAAGCUUUAUAGUAUUUGUUGCUGUUGUUUUGACUGGAUGUUUCUCAAUGCAGUGUCAGAGUGAAGAUGCUGCCACUCAGAAGUCGCCCCCUAGUGGUCUGACUGCUCAAACUGCACCAGACAGGAGCAGAGCUCACAGGCAAAAGAAAGCCCGUCUGGUUGAGGAUCUGAGUGAGAAAAUCCAGAGUCAGUCUUUACAACUUGAACUCCUGCAGAGGCAUAUUCUGCCUCUAGAAAACACUUCUUCAUUGCCAUCGGAUGUCUUUGAAGAUGACAACUCCUCUUCUGCCUCUGCAUCUCCCGAGCAACUCGGGAUGCGCCAAUCUCCUGGCUUAUCAUCAUCACCUGGGCACGGAGGUGACCAAUCGCUGAGUGAUGCGUCAUCUGUUGCUACGCCCAUCAGCCCAAACAGUGUACAGCAGUGCAGACUGGCAUUGAUCCCGGCAACCGAGUGCAUGAGCCAACCAAUGACCAUGACAGUAAUGGGGUCAAACUCCAUAUCAACAACUGGGAGAUCCAAAGGGUUGUAUGUGCCCUCCCAGACACCACCAUUGCUGCCAAAGACAGCACAGCCUUCAGCUCCAUCUUCUCAUUCCAUUCUGGGUGGGUCCUUAACUUCAUCCCGCCCUCCAAGGCCACGAAAGCCUCGUGAUUCAAAACCUAAAAUGAGGAAGUUGAAAUACCAUCAGUACAUUCCCCCAGAUCAAAGGACUGGGACUGGGAGCGGAGCUGGAAGUGCUUCACAAAAGCAAAAUAGCAGUCAGGCUCCAUCCACUGAUUCCUCUUACUCCAACCUCUUGCAACAACAGCAGGUGUACUUACAACUACAAAUUCUUAACCAGCAACAACAGCUCCCUGUGACUAACAGUAGUGAGAACCAUUCGAAGAUUUCUGGAACUACACCUCAAAGUUCCCCUCAGUCUGGAACACCAUCAACAAACCCCUCUACUCCUGAUACAAGUCCCACCCACCAGGCAGAGUUACUUCCCUUAAACCUUGAUGACUUAACGGUGUCAGUUCUUCGGCAGCAGCUGCGGAAACGUGGACUCCCAGUUUCUGGCACGAAGCCUGCACUAUUAGAGAGACUCCGUCCUUUCCAGAUGCCGCGUCCCUCAUUAACACCUGCGUCGCUUUGCCAGCUUGGGGCCACGCAGGAGUCCUCCCAACCUGCCAACCUCAUCAAACCUUCGGGUUUAGCAGAGCAAAGCUUAGGUAGUGAUAGUUACCACACUUCUCCUUCUUCUGCUGGCUCCAGCCCCACCUUACAUAGAUCCUCGCCUCCAAUGCCCUCUUGUACAACAUGGAGGCUAGGCCAGGGAGUAGAUGAGCUAAGUGUGGAGCUGGAAAUGAGAGAGAGGAUGAGGAGCAGACCCAGAGAAGGAGCAAAGGACACUCACCUAUGUGAAAGUUUCCUUCAUCCGUUCCUGCAACAGGAGCCAGGAUGCCCCAGAGGGAAACCAGACACAGGUGGACAGGAACUGCUCUUUACGUACCGCACUGGUGAUGGAAAAGUGAACUGCUGCCAGCUCUGUGAUGCGAUUGGUCAAGACUUUGAUUUGCCAAUGCAAAUCACUGCCAGUCCAGCACAAGCAUCACCUACUGUCCGGAGUCUGGAAGAGGAACUACAGGAGGCCAUUCAAAGAGUGCAGAUGGACCCAAAUCAAUCAAUAGAUGACAUUUUGGAUGAGACUAUUGGUUGCUCAGAUAACUCUUUACUGAUCACAGAUGUCCAGUCAGCCACGAAUGUCCUUUCAGGCUCUUCCCCUGACCCACAGCCUGACCAAUCACAGUCCACCAAGCGCCAAAUAGACGACAACUUCCUGUCCUCUCCUCUGUGCUCUUCGCUUCUUUUAGAGCUUCCUCCCUCACCUAACAACGCUCCACCCCUCAGUUCAACCCCAGCUCCCCUUCCUCCUCCCCCCAUCUGCACCACUCCACCAUCUAGGUCAAUGUCCAGGAAAAGAAGGUCAGAGGUUCCUCCUUUUGACCCCGCUGAUUGGCUGGAGUCCUUGACCUCUGGCCUACACCCGUUGACGCCCCCCAUUGCCCCAUUUCUAGAGAGCGAUUUUGGCCUUGACUCAGACUUGAACAUCAACAGAGUCCUCGACCUGAUGGUGGAGCAAUGGUGAGGAAGGGGGUGUAGUGUGUGUCUGUAUGUGUGUAUGGCUAAUUGGAUGCAUGAUUGGAAAUUAAACAAUGAAAAGACCCCCAAUCUUUUCAUUUGUUUCUCUGUUUUUGCAUCCAUUCAUCUCUGUCAACUAAUGUGACCAAACAGACCUGACUAGUGUUGACUGCUAACCUCUACUCCACGCAAUGUCGAGAGGAAGAGGGAAAUAGAAAAGGAGAUAUGCUUUGGUAACUCAUACAGAAAGAUCCACAAAGAGCAUGUGCACAUACGUCACACUUUCACAAUGACCUGUAUUUUAAAAAAAUGGAAAAAUAAUAUAUUGUACAAAAAAAAGUGGGUUUCUCCAUUGAUUUGCCUCUUGCUUCAGUGCCAGACAAACUGUCGGCAUGUGGCAAGUGUGUGGAGCAGCGGGAGCUUCAAACAAUCUGUGUGUAUUUUCAGGGAAGUGUAUGCGCUCCCUGUAUGUGUGAGCACGCUUCUCUUGGCGGCUUUAUCUGCGUGUGUGUUUGUGUUGCUGCAUACACGCUGGCCAGCAUGUUCUGUAUCUACAAUUUUAAUUCACCGUUAAUGAGGUGCCUAAAGCAUCCACUUGUUUCUGUUUACACUGGUGUACAUUUUUCCAUUUAGUUUCAAGUUAUGUUAUGCUUUGUCUGGACUAGUGCAUCAUGGGACUGAUGUUAACCCAAAAGCAUUGGCCCAACAACAGAAAAAAAUGCUGGUCUGAGGCCAGUAUGCACCUUCAGCGGGAUUGAAACCACAAAUUAGCUUAGGACCCAACAAGAAAUGUGUUUUAAAAAAGCCUACUGUAAUUAAAUAAGAAAGUAUAUAGGUAUUUGAGCUGAUUGAUCAGCCUGCCCAGAAAACACUGUGUAAAGUUAAAGUGAUCUUUCAACCGCUACUCUUUAAAUUUCCUUAAUGGGACCCAUAUAACAUCAUCUUCCAUUGUUGUUUACAGACAUUUGACCCUUUGACUGGCCAUUGCUUUUAUUCAUUUCUCUGGACAAUGCAGUACAUUACUCAGUGCAAUAUGCUUCCAAGAAAGGGCACAGGAAAACAACACAUUUAAAUGUCCAAAGAAAGUGAAACAUGAACUCUUUAUUCUGUUCCAGUCUUAUAUGUGAAAGUGUAUGUGUAAAUAGGACAAUGCAUUUGAUAAUCAAAUGUAUUGCCCUGAGUUCAGUAUGCAGACAGGUGCUGGAGAAUCACAGCAUUUGUGCAGCUGGACAUUGUUCUCAAAUUAGUUUUUAUUUUUUAUGUAACCCUACAAAACACAACUAUUGUUUCUUUUAAGCCACGUCUAAGUAAAUCAGUGACCAACCAACCAAAAAGCAAACAUGUCAAGUGUUUGAUCUGAGGUAUUCACUGAUAUAUUUAUUGAGUAAUUUAUUAAAACUCUGCCAACUAUCCAUGUAUAAGAAAUACAGUAAACUCAAAAUAGUAAAAUUAAAGUCUUAAUUGAUUUUC